UAUAACUAUUAAUAUAAUGAUAUGAAUAUCCUAUAUUAUGACAAUACUAUGUUUUGCUAAGCAAUAAUUUCCUUAUCACCUUUUACAUUAUCACCUGUUUGUGACAAUAACGAGGCACCAACUAUUUCUGAAUCUUUUAUUCAGUCAGAUAAACUAACAUUGCCCCCUAUUCUCCUUGCUGCUGUGGAAAUAAAAGAAAUAGACUUUAGUAUUCCAAAAAGGUCAAAACUAAAGGAGUAUGUUAAGGAUUUUUUUUUUUGAUGUCAUGAAGCAACAGUACGGGUUAUUUCCAAGUACAAGUAACUUCUAUGAAAUAGCAAAUGAGCUUUUCCUAAGGUAUCCUUUUCUACAACCUUGUCACUGCAAUGGCUCUGAACUUCUUGUGCAUUUGUUAAAGGCAAAAUUUAAGCGAGUUAGGCAUCCUCUUCUAAAUGAUGAGCAAUUUGCACAGUUUAAAAUAAAGUACUCUAGAAUUAAUUCUGGUCGUAAGCGAAAUUCUGUCUUGCUGAAUGAGUCUGUUAAACUUUGCUCAGCAAAACGUCACUGCCAUCAUUCAAGUGAUAAGAAUGUGGAUGAUGGUAUAACUCAAGAUAUUAUAAAAAGUAUAAAGAAUGAGUGUCAGAAACUGCGCCCAGAUAUAGAAUUUUUGGCUCACCAGAUUAUCUUGUCUAUUGAGGCAUUAAAAUAUACAUGCCGAAAUGAAAGAACUUUGGAUGUCCUUAAUAAAUUCCCAGCACUUUACUAUGAAAAAGUUCUUUUUGCAGCAGCAAGAGUUAGAACAAAUACAGAUAUUGACAAUAACUGCUUGUUAUUAUUGGGUAGAAUGAAGGAAGGAAUGAAGAAGUUAAUAGUUUUAAAAAAACCUUUGUCAGCUAGAUUGCAAACAUUAUGCAAUGGUGUACUUGAUGAGAUUAGUGAUGCAACAAUAAAAAACCUUCAUUGUUUAAUUCUUCCAAGCAUUUUUUGUGACGAAGAAGCACUUUUGUUCACCAUGACGCUAGAUCCAAUCUAUCCAACCCCUGCUCUGAAAAUUGAAGGAGAUGCUAUAAAUCCAACACGAAUAAGUCUUGUAGUUGACGGGCUGACACUAAGCAAUUCUGUUCCUGAUGUAAUUUGUGGUUUGGGUCUCGUCAUCUGCUCAUAUUGUAUUUUUGAUAUUGCGUAUCCAAAGAAAUUACAAAAAACCCUGUCUUUUCUAGAACAUUACGUUUUUGAACGAAGGAGUAAACUUCCUGCCAACAUUCAAAACAUUGCUAGUUUUUUGAACUUAUAAUAUUAAAUUAUAAAACUUAAUAACAUAUUAAUGUUAUUAAUUUGUUUCAAAAUCUUUAUUUAAA